CCCAGUAAUACGAAAUGGACUUGAAAGACAAAAAAGAUGGCAAUUGUUUUGGAAAAAUAAAAAAUAAAUAAAAAGUUGAACAACACGACGGGCAGCGCCAAAACAAAAAAUGUGCCGCCCUUUCCGCAUCGCUGCAGCGUGGCUGUGUCCAUGGCAACCGGGUACCUCACUCCCACGGAAUCCAUUAAGUCGAGAGGUGCGUUUGUGUGUCGCGCUUUGAUGUUUCCGGAACCUAUUUCGGCCACUUCACCAGAGAUGCUGCUGAUUUGAAAACACGUCCAUCUGUCUCUUGCCGGGAUGACGUUUUUUUUUCUUCAUUUUGGAGGUCAAAAAAAAAAAAAAAAAAAGAUGCAAUCAUCCUGUCGGUUUUAAGAGUCUGCUGUCGUGGGACUGUAAAGAAGAAGCCUUUGUGGCCUGCGCCUUCCUUGGUUAGUCAUCCACGCCGGCUGAGCAGUCGCUCUGUUUAAGAACAUUAUCCCCUUGUAAUCCACUUUGCCUUCUGUUCCAUGCAGGUGAGCAGACAGUCAGAUGGAGCCGGGGGCCGCUACUGUCGCACGCCCGCUUCCUCUUUUAAUUGCUUCAAGUGCUUUCUUUCCAGCCCGCCGUCGCACUCUUUGUUCAGUUUUCAAGCGACUUGCCGCCGCCGCCGCUCAUCAGGAUGGAGGAUCCGGACCUACGGCAGCAGAAACUGGACAAUCAGCGAUCCAUUUUGAUGAAGAAGCAACAAAAGAAACGGGCCGAUUGUCAAAUGGUGGUGGCCAACCGGGACUCGCGCCAAAAGAACCGCAGACAAAAAGGCCGCUCGGACGAGACGCCGCUGCUGAUCAGCCAGUCCCUGAGCAACAUCUCCCUGAGCGAACAAGUGGAGCACGCGCAUGACAACCCGAUGGACGUCAUCACGCUGGCGGAGUGCGACGGCGACGCGAAGGCCGCCAGCGUCUUCGGUGAGGUGCCGGCGGAGAAGCCGCUCAGUCCCAAAAAGAUCAACUUCGACGUCGAGCACGAGGAAGAUGAAGCAGAGGACAGCGAUGCGCACGCGGGAGGCAAGAAGACCAACAAACAAGAGAAAGUCAAAGGCAAGGGAGCAAAACCCAGGUGCCAAAUCAGCGACGACAGCAAGGACGAGGACGUUCGGCUAGAAGGGAAAGAAAGGAGGAAGAAGAAGAGAGCGGAGAAAAACACACCGAGUGUCGCAUCUCUGAACUCCAACUACAAGGAGAGCUCGUCUUCAGGCAGCGAAUCCACCAACGGAACGGCUUCUCGCAUAUCGUUGGAGGACCUCGAGGAGUUCGCCUUUCGUCCCGCCCCCAGAGACCUGACCAUCCAGUGUCGGGUCACCCGGGACAGGAGAGGCAUGGAGAAGGGCAUGUACCCGACGUACUAUCUUCAUAUGGAGAAAGAUGACGGAAAGAGGGUGUUUCUAAUGGCGGGCCGCAAAAGGAAGAGGAGCAAAACAUCCAACUAUCUCAUCUCAACGGAUCCCACCAACCUGUCCCGAGACACCAGUUGCUACAUCGGAAAGCUACGGUCCAACGUUCUGGGAACCAAGUUCAUCGUAUACGAUGGAGGCGAGAACCCAGAGAAAAAGCCUUUUAUUAAAGAAUGUGAAUCUGUGCGACAAGAGCUGGCGGCCAUUUGUUACGAGACUAACGUGCUUGGAUUCCGGGGUCCCCGCAAAAUGACAGUCAUCAUCCCGGGAAUGCUGGAGAAUGACGACAGGGUGUCCAUUCAGCCCAAAAAUGAAGAGGAAACCCUGCUGGCGCGCCAUGCCAACAACAACAUGGACAAGCUGGUGACCCUGGUCAACAAAUGUCCCAGCUGGAACGAGCAGACGCAGUCGUACGUGCUCAACUUCCACGGCCGCGUCACGCAAGCCUCUGUGAAAAACUUCCAGAUCAUCCACCCGGAGAAUGGCGACUACAUCGUGAUGCAGUUCGGCCGCGUUUCCGAGGACGUCUUCUCCAUGGAUUACAGCUUCCCCAUGUGUGCCAUUCAGGCCUUCGCCAUCACGCUGUCGUCUUUCGAUGGCAAACUGGCCUGCGAGUGACCCUCAAGUGCUCCGCUGGCUCUUGGAUCUGAACUACACGUGG